UUGCAGGCUACGUGCGCCUCUCUCCAUGCCACGACUCGCUGUUUCGUUCCAUCUUGUGAAGCGGUGAAUCGGCAAGGCAGCACCGCGGAAGUGUUGACAGUAGGCCUGUAAGCAGUUACUGUUAUUCACCUCAGUCUCUUUCACUGUCUGCCUGCCUGCGACGACACUACAUCCAGGCUGUUAGGGCGCUCUGUCUGCAGGCCGAGCGAGAUCUCGCGAGAGCGGUGGCGUGGCUGGCUGGCUGUGGAGUUGCAGUAGACAGAGGGAGAAGGCAGGCAGGCAGCAUCAUGGCGGACAGAGACAGUGGAAGUGAGCAGGGAGGAGCAGCCACGGGCCCGGGCAUCGGUUCCAUGCAACCAGUGACAGGAGGGGCGGGCUCGGCUUCCGGGCUGCAGCAUGAGACGCAAGAGCUGGCGUCGAAGCGGGUUGACAUCCAAAACAAACGAUUCUACCUGGACGUAAAGCAAAACGCAAAAGGCCGCUUCUUAAAGAUAGCUGAAGUCGGCGCUGGGGGAAACAAGAGCCGCCUCACUCUCUCAAUGUCUGUGGCAGUCGAGUUCCGUGACUAUUUGGGGGACUUCAUCGAACAUUAUGCCCAACUGGGACCAAGCAAUCCGGACAUCGUACAAGAUGAGCCGCGGCGAGCACUUAAAAGCGAAUUCCUGGUCAGAGAGAACCGUAAAUACUACAUGGAUCUGAAAGAGAACCAGAGAGGACGAUUUCUGAGGAUUCGACAGACCGUUAACCGGGGGCCCGGUUUGGGAUCCACGCAAGGCCAGACGAUUGCUCUGCCUGCCCAGGGACUUAUUGAGUUUCGUGACGCUUUGGCAAAACUCAUUGACGAUUACGGUGUAGAGGACGAACCUGCGGAGUUGCCCGAAGGAACAUCCUUGACUGUAGAUAACAAACGCUUUUUCUUCGACGUGGGAUCCAAUAAGUACGGAGUCUUCAUGAGGGUAAGCGAGGUGAAGCCAACAUACCGCAAUUCAAUUACGGUGCCCUAUAAAGUAUGGUCCAAAUUCGGGAAUACUUUUAGUAAAUACGCGGACGAGAUGAAGAAGAUCCAGGAAAAACAGCGUGAGAAAAGGGCAUGCGACCUGCAGCAGCAAGAAGAGAUGCAUGCUGAUGAUGGAGAAGAGGAUUGAUAUAUAGCGCAAACAUGCAAAAAGUAAUCAAAAUAACAAGAGAAAUUAUAAUUAAAAACUUUACUGUAUAAAGAAAGAUCUAAAGAUUUAACUGUUUAACUCCAAGGGAGCACCACCCACAACAAAAUAAAUCUACACAAACUGACAGUUAUGACAUGUUGUCACCCAUCGCUGGAUGUUCCCACUUAUCCACCAUUAAUACAGUAAGCGGCUGCUAAACAAAGUAAUAACAUUAUAUAUGAAACGUGUUUCCUACUUGAUGACAAAGAAGUGAGUGUUUAUUUCCCUUAUUAACGAGAACUUUUGUACACGUUAAAGCUAUUAUGAAAAGUGUUUGCAAUGUCAAAAUGGAGUUAUUGCCGAAACUAGUCCUUUUCAUGUGAGCAAAUGACUUCAGCACAAAACAGAUGCUUUACUUUGUUUUAGUUAUUUUGUUUUUUUCCCCUCACCUAAUUCGAAACCAUUCUAAGAGGUUGACAUAGUGUACUUGUCAAAUCUACCUUUUACCUGUGAGCAGAGGUUUGUUUACACAUGAAUCAUAUGAGGGCUAGGCCUGCUUUGGAAAUUUAAAGAUGGACGUAAUGGAGUCCAAAAAGGUACAUAGGCCAUUUCAUGCAAUGAAAUAAGUACGCUCUCUCUCCCUCUUUCUGUUGUGCAAUAGCCUAUGCAUUGCAUACAAAGUGGACAUGUCAAAUUGGUCAAUGUAUCUUGACACAAUGGACUUUGGAGAAGGCCUUCAAAAGGAAUAUUACAACUCGUAACUUUUUUUUGUUUCGGUAAAAAAUUGUUGUCAUGCGGAUGGGUAUACUAUAGACUAUGUUUGUGUCUCCUUGUCAUGCAAAUUAGUUAUUGAAAAGGUACCUGUAUUAGCCUAAGAUCGAACACUGACAACAUGCAGCAGGUGGCAUGACUGGAGUGCGUCGAAGCAUAUUUGUUCGCUAGAUACCAGAGCUGUCACUCUAACCAGCACCCUCCAUACACACCUCCAAUUGGCUUUGUGGUCAGUUGGCAGUGCUAACAAAAUUAAGCGUAGCAUGAUUUUGUGUCCGAAUGUUUUCCAUUUUGGAAACGCCAGAGCAUUUCCCUGAGAAAUCAGUCUUGGACCAGGAAAUAUCAGUCUACCAAUGGCAGUUUCGAAUGGUACCAAGAAGUGCUGUUUGCUGCAUGUUCACCUGUAUGAAGUUGUUGGAUGUUCGAUGUUGGCCUCUUAACUCUGGGGCUCGACUAACCCCCCCCCCCCCCCCCCUCAGCCUGUUGAUUUCCCCACACCCCCAUAAAUGUCAACUGAACUACAAAUGACUGUACUGCACUAGAUCUCAUAAAGCCUACUUCUCAACCUGCGCACUCAGCGUUAUCUCUUCGUAGUAUUAGAAAAAGCUGUCGCCGCGGUCUCCGCCGAAACUGGACCCCCGUCCCCAUUGGCCGGAGCCACACGUCCGAAAGAUGCCCGGCGACGUCGGGUGGAUUUGCAAAGCCGGCCUUUUAGUGAUGUCAGGCGUUGUCAUCGGGAGAGACAGGAGUACACUCCGAGAUCCCCCCCCCCCCCCCCCCCCCCGAGCCGAGAGUGUCCUCUUGAGCAUUAAAAAACAACCUGGUGCCUUACACACUCCACUGGCUGACACGCUGGCCCCAUGUUUGGGAUGGCAGAGUGGGUAUUUAGUCCAUAUUCAUAGUGCUUUUGUUGUUUUUCUCCUUUUGUCACUAUUUUGUUUUGGUUUUUCGGGGGGGGGGGGGGGGGGGGGCGGUUCGGCCCGCAUGUGCCACCGCACAUCAACAAAAAGAAGCCGAGGCUUUUUGUUUUUUUUUUUGGUUUUUUUUUUUGUCACCCCCCCCCCCUUCCUCCCCCCCCUCCCUCCACCCUUCCUCCCCCGAUCCCGCCUCCAGGUGUGGGCCUACAUGGAAGAGGGGCGAUCCGCCUCGAUCCCGCAGAGUUCCCUCUGGACCACACUGCCUGGGCCGGGGCGUCACGGAGAGCAGGAGCCGCCUGGCACAACUCAGCGUGGACUGGAUCAAGAGGCGCACCCAACCGGUGGCCAGCGACGGAUGCUUGUCGGAGGCACCCACCCACCCCCCCCCCACCCACCCCCCUCCCACCCACCCACCACCCGCCGCCCCUUGUGAUUGUUCUUUGUAUGUAGUUCUACAGCUUGGACAGUAACGUGUAAUUCUUAAGGCCUCAACUGAGGGGGAACAGUCCGCAUGUCUUGUUUUCAGUUCUUUCGAUUCUUUCGCUUGUUUUCGUUUGGACCUUCUCAGCGUUAUUCCACCACAAUGUGUCAUUCUGAAACUUUUCUGUUGUUGUUGUUGCUGUUGUUGCUCACAGAGGAUGUUUUUUUGUUUCCAGAGCAACAUUUCAUUACUGUGUGCAAUAUCGUAUGUGCCAAUGGUGGCAAUAUAUGUAUAUCAAUUAAAUAUAUGAUUAAUAUUUGAACGCAUGAUGUGGCUGAAUUCCAUGUUUAUUUAUCUCCGAGGUGUUAUAAUGCCUUUUUUUUACCUGCACUUAAGGACUUCUCCAUUCAUCCUGGGAGGUGAAAUCACAGAGCAAGCUUAUUCAACGUGAGGGGAGGGGGGUUCCACAGCCAAACAUCACAUUCUCCCUCCAACGCAGCCGAGAGCUGUCAUCUUAGUACUAGUCCCUUGUCAAGUCUCCCUCUGGUGUUGGAGUGUCAGAGCAUCAUGUGAGGGUCGUUGAGAAGGGAGGGGCUUCGCGUUGUGGAGGCAGACGGUGUGCGGCGCCGUCGUCUCGUCCGCUGCGGGGCUGCUCGGGGUACGAUGCUGAUGAGGGUGUGCGGUGUUCUGUCUUAGGGGGCUGUGUGUAGCACUUUUGCUUUUUUCCCAGGUCGACGAAAUGUUUGACUGAUAUUUGUUUGAAAUAAUCUCAACAAAGAAUGUCUCUCGCUCUCGCUCUCUCUCUCGCUCUCUCUCUCGCUCUCUCUCUCUCUCUCUCUCUCUCUCUCUCUCUCUCUCUCUCUCUCUCUCUCUCUCUCUCUCUCUCUCUCUCUCUCUCUCUCUCUCUCUCUCUCUCUCUCUCUCUCUCUCUCUCUCUCUGCUCUAAUGCUCAUGUUCUCCCAUGUUCAUUCCCUUUUAAGAGGAUUAUUGAUUAACACAUUCGGUGAUUAUGCAUCGAAUAUAAUUUAUGUAUAUUUUACAAAUGUUCAAAAUAAAAGACAUUUUAAUUUA